AUAUGAGAACGCUCAGUCUGGGUCAAGAUAAAGAAAUCUGAAAAUUAGAACGGAGCAACGGAGAUUAACUUAUAGUCAGUUGGAAGGAGAUAGUUGAGAGAAGAGGACAAUAUGUUGAAGCUUUUGAUUGCUGCAAGCCUUGUGGUCGUCUGCCUUGGUCAGGUACCAACUCGCUGUGAUUCUCCGAAGCAAUGGGUAGGAAGGCGAUUGCGGUUGGACCGAUACCGUGAGUACGGAGAGUUGGCGUCACACAGCUAUGAUGAGUUGAAUAUGCGCACUCGCACCAUCGAGGAGGUGGAACAAGGACGCGAGAAGGACUACUACGACACUCUUCACCUCCACAAUGUCAAAAUGGAGUACCGACUGAACCUGAGAACAAAGCAGUGUAACGUGACGCGGCUCGACCGCCCUUUCCGGUUUCUCGGUGUGCCUUUGGACGCAAAGUUCCUGUUCGAGGCGGAGAUCGGUGCGGCCGGCAUCCCCGCCGAGCACCUGUUAACCGACACGUGGUACGGAACGUUUGAAGACGGAGCCCGAUACACCGUAUCAGUGUCGUCGCCUGACUGUAUUCCGCUUACGUUCGACGUCGAGAGCAAUUCCACGGACGAGCACUACCACGAAAGAUACUUUGACGUGCAUCUCGGUAUCUCGGACCCAGGUGUUUUUAUUCCACCAAAGGAAUGCAUGAUGGAUGUCGAAUAAUAGAUAUAUUUUAUGUUUUCUCGUAUGAAUUUUUCUUUGUAAUAAAACCAAUACAUUUA